UGUGUUUGAAAAUGGCGUCGGGCGCGGAGAGUGAAAGUUUGGAAAAUAAACGCAAAUUAAAGGCAGAUGAAGGCGAGGAGGAGGAGGAGGAGGAGGAUGCGUGGGUCGGACCGCUGCCUACUGAAGCUGCUCCAACUAAGAAGAGAAAAGUACUGGAGUAUGAGAGAGUUUAUCUGGAUAAUCUGCCUUCUGCUGCCAUGUAUGAGCGGAGCUACAUGCACCGUGACGUCAUCACCUACAUCGCCUGCACCAAAACGGAUUUCCUCAUCACGGCGAGUCAGGACGGUCACGUGAAGUUCUGGAAGAAGAAAGAAGAUGAAGGAAUCGAGUUUGUGAAACACUUCCGCAGCCAUCUGAGUGUGAUUGAGUGUAUUUCAGUCAGUGCUGAGGGGAUGCUGCUCUGCACUGUGGGAGAUGAUCAGGCCAUGAAAGUGUUCGACGUGGUGAACUUUGACAUGAUCAACAUGCUGAAGCUGGGGUUCCAGCCGGGUCAGUGCGAGUGGAUCUAUAACCCCGGUGACGCCAUCAACACGGUGGCCUGCUCGGAGAAAUCCACGGGGAAGAUUCACGUGUACGACGGGCGAGGCAGCAACCAGCCGCUGCACACCUUCCACAAGCUGCACUCGUCCCCUCUGUGUCAGAUCCGUCUGAACCCGCGCUACCGCGUCAUCGUGUCGGCCGACCGAGCCGGAAUGCUGGAGUACUGGACUGGCCUCCCGAGCGAGUUCAAGUUCCCCAGGCAGGUGGAGUGGGAGUAUAAAACCGACACGGACCUGUACGAAUUCGCCAAGUGUAAAACCUUUCCCACCAGCCUGGCCUUCUCACACGACGGGAAGAAGAUGGCCGCCAUCGCCGCCGACCGCAAAGUCCGUAUCUUCCGCUUCCUGACGGGGAAACUCAUGAGAGUGUUCGACGAAUCGCUCACCAUGUUCACAGAGCUGCAGCAGAUGAGACAGCAGCUCCCGGACAUGGAGUUUGGCCGCAGGAUGGCGGUGGAGAGAGAGCUGGAGAAAGUGGACGGCAUUCGACUGACCAACAUCAUCUUCGACGAGACGGGACACUUUGUUCUGUACGGAACCAUGCUGGGCAUCAAGGUCAUCAACGUGGAGACCAACCGGUGUGUGAGGAUUUUGGGGAAACAGGAGAACAUCCGUGUGGUGCAGCUCAGUCUAUUCCAGGGCGUGGCUAAGACCAUGAAGGCGGCUCCCACCAUCGAGAUGAAGGCGAGUGAUAACCCCGCCCUCCAGAGCACCGACCCCGACCCCACUAUCUUCUGCACCGCCUUCAAGAAGAACCGCUUCUACAUGUUCACAAAGCGAGAGCCAGAAGACACCAAGAGCGCCGACUCUGACAGAGACGUCUUCAACGAGAAGCCGUCCAAAGAGGAGGUGAUGGCCGCCACGCAGGCAGAAGGCCCGAAAAGGGUCUCAGACAGCGCCAUCAUCCACACCACUAUGGGAGACAUCCACCUAAAGCUCUAUCCUGUGGAGUGCCCCAAAACCGUGGAGAACUUCUGCGUCCACAGCAGGAACGGCUACUACAACGGACACUUAUUUCAUCGUGUCAUCAAGGGUUUCAUGAUCCAGACCGGAGACCCCACGGGCACGGGGAUGGGAGGAGAGAGCAUCUGGGGCGGAGAGUUCGAGGACGAGUUCCACUUCAGUCUGAGACACGACCGGCCGUACACACUCAGCAUGGCCAACGCUGGACCAGGAACCAACGGCUCUCAGUUCUUCCUCACGGUGGUGCCCACGCCGUGGCUGGACAACAAGCACACAGUGUUCGGACGGACCACGAAAGGGAUGGAGGUGGUGCAGAGGAUCUCCAACGUCAAGGUCAACCCAAAGACAGACAAACCGUACGAGGACAUCAGCAUUAUCAACAUUACCAUCAAGUAGAACACACACACACACACACACUCUGAGUGAAUGUCCUGAACCUCAUUUUGUAUAAUAAUAAAGAUCUUUUUUUA